GAGAAGAAUUAUUGUCAAUGGACUCAUAGGACACCGACGAGCCACCCAGACCCCAAAACAAAUUAUUUUUAACAUUUUCUCUCUCCUCUCGAAUACUAUUCUUCUUCUUCUCCUCCUUCUUCUUUUGUGGGUCGGCUUUUCAUUACUUGCAAGGUCUCACUUUCUCUCUCCUCUUCUCUUUGUUCUACUCACAGUUCUUAACUUUGAGUUUAAGGGAGCCAUGGCAGGAGGAGGUACUAAUAGUAGUCUGAGGAAAUAUCUGGGAUCCAUCAAAGAUACCACCACCAUUAGCUUGGCUAAAGUUAAUAGUGGCUACAAGGAGUUAGAUGUAGCUAUUGUCAAGGCCACGAAUCAUGUCGAGCGGCCAGCUAAAGAGAGACAUAUCAGAGCAAUAUUUGCAGCAGUAUCAGCUACAAGACCUCGGGCUGAUGUUGCGUACUGCAUUCAUGCUCUCGCUAGGCGCCUAUCGAGGACACAUAAUUGGGCGGUUGCUUUAAAAACAUUGAUUGUGAUUCAUCGUGCCUUGAGGGAAGUUGACCCAACAUUCCAUGAGGAGCUUAUAAACUAUGAGAGGAGCAGAAAUCACAUGCUCAACAUGUCGCAUUUCAGAGAUGAUUCAAGUGCAGGCGCGUGGGAUUACUCUGCUUGGGUUCGUGCUUAUGCCUUAUUCUUGGAAGAAAGAUUGGAGUGUUUACGCGUCUUGAAAUAUGAUGUUGAGACCGAGCGCCCUAGAACAAAGGAUCUUGAUACUGUUGAGUUGCUUGACCAGUUACCAGCAUUACAGCAACUUCUUUACCGAGUUCUUGGUUGCCAGCCCGAAGGAGCAGCGAUUCAUAAUCAUAUUAUACAAUUAGCACUUUCAAUGGUUGCUUCAGAAAGCACUAAAAUCUAUAAUGCUAUCAGUGAUGGUACGGUUAACCUAGUUGAUAAGUUCUUUGAAAUGCAACGAAGUGAUGCAUUGAGGGCCCUGGACAUAUAUCGUAGAGCAGGACAACAGGCUGAAAGGCUUUCAGAGUUUUAUGAAGUAUGCAAGAGCCUUGAUCUUGGGCGUGAAGAUAGGUUUACAAAAAUUGAGCAGCCUCCUGCAUCAUUCUUACAAGCCAUGGAGGAUUAUGUGAAAGAAGCACCUAGGGGCUCAACUUUCCGCAAAGAACAGGUCAAGCAUGUGGUUGAUGAAAAAUCCACUGUAGUUCUAACUAUUGAAGACAAGGAUAUUACCGAUGUAAAGGAGGAAAGCCCACCAUCACCCCCUCCUCCAGAGCCAGUUAAGGAGGAGAAAAUUGUAGCUGAAGUUCCUGAUUUAUUGAGUAUGGACGAUCCUAAGCCAGUUGCAUCAGAAUUAGAGGAGAAGAACGCAUUUGCUCUUGCUAUUGUUCCUAUCGAUGAUCUAUCAACCACUACUCCAGCCCCCAAGUUGCAAAAUGGCACAACAGGAUGGGAACUGGCACUUGUUACCGCACCAAGCUCAAAUGAGAGUUCCAUUGCCGCUAACAAACUGGCUGGAGGACUGGAUAUGCUCACAUUAGACAGCCUAUAUGAUGAUGCAAUGAGAAGAACUAACCAAACAGUAAGCUAUAAUCCAUGGGAGCCUGCUCCAUUGACCAACUCGAUGAUGCAGCAACCUGCCCACAUCCCGAUGAUGCAGCAACCUGUCCACAACCCGUAUUACGCCUCAAAUGCGAUGGUUGCACCGGCUUCUGUUCAGAUGGCAGCAAUGGCCAAUCAACAGCAAGCAUUCAUGUAUCAGCAGCAGCAGAUGAUGAUGGGCCCACAACAACAGCCACCGGCAAUGAACCCUUUUGGCAACUCGUAUGCAGCCAACCCGUAUGGUAAUCCGGGAAUGCCCAUGCAAACAUAUAACUCAUACACUGGAUUGUUAUGAGGUUCCACUUGGAUUGUCUCCUAAUACGAAAUAGAGAACAAAUGGCAUACGCGUAUACCGAGAUCUUGAAGCGGAAAUGAUUGCAGCCUUGCAGGAGAGAAGUUUGUGUACCAUAUUUUGUGCAUGUUUAGGUAGGGAUAUCAGGUUUAUUAUUUGAUAAUUAUAGGGAGCAUAUUUGAAUUGAUUGAUCAUUCAUGGUGAGAAUCUAGAUUAAUAAUUGUUGUAAUUAUUUGACCUGCUUAAUUGCUGAAUAUUUUGAGCAGGUACUCUGAAUUUAUCACAUACUUAAGAUUUGAAUAGCAGUUUGUACUGAAUUUUCUUUGCUUA